AUGGGAAUCUUUGGCUCGUCCGACCCUGUCAAGCAGGCCGAAAAGCACCUGGCUAAAGAGGCCAAGGAGGAGGCGAAGAAUAUUGCUCAGGCUGAGAAGAGUAUUACUCAAGCUGAGAAGGCCGAGGGCAAGAUUGCAAAGUCGGAAGCAAAGGCCGAGAAGCAACACGGCAAAGCUUCCAAGGUCGAGGGCAAGGCUGCCGGCGUUCUCAACAAGGCUACUACCAAGCACGACGCCGCUGCUCAGAAAGAGAACGUGGCCGCUUCCGAGGUCAACAAGCAGCACAGUGCGCACAACACCAUCGAGCGUACUAUCGAGGAGAAGAGGGCCAAUCUCCAGAAUCUCGAAGCCCAGCACAAGGCCAACGAGAGUGACCGAGACUCGAAGCUUCAACAGAUCGCCUCUGGCGGGUCUGGCUCUCAUCACAAGGGCGAGGCCGCUGCUGCAGCCGGAGCCGGGGCAACUGGUGCUGCAGCUCAUCACCACAACAAGAAUGCUGCUGUCAACGAGCCUCAAUCUACACAGACUCAGGGAGCCCCGACAUCUGGAGUUUCUCAAAAUGCUCAGGGCGCCACAGGCGGCGCGUACGGUCAACAGCAAGAGGCUGCCCCUACUUCUUCCACCGGUUACGGGGAGACUAGGUCCGGGAACGGGACGGGUGCAGCUCUCGGGACUGGGACUGUUGGCGGAGCAGGUGCGGGCGCACUUGCAGGUCACCACGGGUCUUCCGCUCAAGACCCUUCAUUGACUUCUGGAUCCGCCGCCCAGCAAGGCUCUACCGGGGCAUACGGGGCUCAGCAGGUCCCUGCCUCUUCUACCUACGAGCAGGGUGUCCCUCAGUCUCAAGGCUCGACCGGAGCUUAUGGGGCUCAGCAGGGCACUGGCCAGGGUCUCCAGCAGGGCACGGGCUAUGGAACUCAACAGUCUACGGGCGCGACAUCUGGACCCCCUUCUGGCUUGCAUUCUGGAGCUACUCGGGGCGGUUAUGAGAGUGGUGUGGGUGGGACCACCUACACUGGUGCAAGCUCUGAGGGUCAGCAAGCCGGAUCUCAGCAAGUUGGCUCGCAAGGCUAUGCUUCGGGCGGCCAGUCUGGGUACGCUUCUCAAGGUGUUACUGGUCAGUCCGCCACUCACGCUGGGACGGGGACUGGACAUGCGACUUCAGGUAGCGGUACGGGGGGUUAUGGAGGUAUCUCUCAGCAGGGUGUCGGUGAGGGUGAGCGAAUCACUCAGGCUGUUCGCCAGUUGUAA